AUGAAUAAUAAUCUUGUUGUUAUUUGCAAUAAAAAUUUCAAGACAAUAAACCGAGGAUAUCCUGUGUAUAGUAAUAGUAGUAAUAGAAAAGUACCACCUAGUUCACUCGGGGGCUUCGUGAUCAGACUUCGUCUAAUAGAAUUAUGUAAAACAAAAUUAUUUGGAUACAUUUAUGUUAUUGGAAUAUUGAUAUUAUACUACACGUUGAUAUAUUUCACCAAAGAAGAGGCUGAUAAAGUAUACGAGUACUUGGAUAUGACAACUAUAUGUGUAGCUAAGAUACGACAAAUUGAAUAUUACGUUAAUGUGAUGGUAUUAGGUCUUAUGUUAAUAACGAGUGGAUUUAAAUUCAAUUUGGGGACCAUCGGUGUGUACUCUAAUUUGAAUGAGAUUGACAAGAAGCUAAAAUUGUUGAACCAAAAAUUAAAUUAUGACAAAUACAUGAGAGAUAAUAUUUUAAAUAUCACCGGAGUCGUUAUUUCAACUAUUUUAAUAGGAUUAACCGAUUAUUCAAGUAUUAAAAAUGCAGCAACGUAUGGAUUUAUGUUAAUUUUAACAUUUAUAACUCAUUUCAUCGGCAUCUCGGCACAUCUUUAUAUAGUCUACAUGACAUUUGGAGAGCAAAAUUACAUCGUAGAUCUAAUCGUUGAAUUUUUAUGGGCUUGCUUCUAUUUUGGAAAACUAAUUUACAUAAUAUCUGCCUGUCACUCAUUUAAACAAGAGGGAAAGCGUGCCAGUAAGCUGCUACACGAAUGCCGAAUCGACUCGGAUCAUAAUUUGCUUAAGCAAGAGACUGAAUCAUUUGCAAGACAAGUAAGAAACGUCGAUAUUAAAAUAACUGCAAGCAAUUUAUUCACCAUUGAUUAUCCAGCCCUCUGGAAGAUUGUCCUCGGUCAGACAGCCUACGUCUUCUUCCUGUCGCAAUUCACCAGCACCAAAUGA